CAGUAGACAGGACAGCAUUGGCUGUUGUAUUUUCUUCUACUUUUUUUUCAUGACGGUCCGAAACUGCACAGAGAUUUGGAAUAUUACAUUACAGCCUUGCAGAACGAAAGAUGGCGACAGUCAUUCAUAAUCCAUUAAAAUCGCUGGGUGACCAGUUCUAUAAAGAGGCCAUUGAACACUGUCGCAGCUACAACGCCCGCCUCUGUGCUGAGCGCAGCGUGCGAAUGCCCUUCUUGGACUCGCAAACUGGCGUGGCACAGAACAACUGCUACAUCUGGAUGGAAAAGCGCCACCGCCGACCAGGGCAGGCGGCGGGGCAGAUGUAUACGUACCCCGCUCGUUGCUGGAGGAAAAAGAGGCGACUCCACCCACCCCUGGAUCCCCAGCUCCGCCUGUGUGAGCUCCGGCUAGAAGCUGAUCUGGCGCCCAAACGCGAGGGGCCUCCGGGGGAGGCCACCGCCUUGGAGGCACUGUUGAGGGGCGACAACGCUUUGGAGAAAAAAAACAACGUCAGUAAAGACGAGGAGACGCUUCUGGAAAUACAGAGAGUUCUGGAGGCAGAGGAAAAUGGGGACAGUUUCCACGAAGAUGAAGAGUUUGAAGCAGAUACGCCAAAAAAAAAGAACAGGAAUAGAGGCAAAAGCAGAGGAUCAACUCGUAGAAGGACAGAAUCUGUUAAUGCAGAAGACCUGGAUAAACCUUACAUCUGUGACAAUAGGUACAAACAAAAGCAUAACUCAAAAAAGGCUGAAGAAGUCUGUGGGAAGCGCUACAAGAACCGUCCGGGCCUGAGCUACCACUACACCCACACUCACCUGGCCGAGGAGGAAGGCGAAGAGGAGAAGGACGCAGACACGGCUCCGCCGUCGCCUCACAGUUCGGACAACCACAAACCUCAGAAGGGCUCCGAUGGAAGCAUCAUUCCCAACGACUACUGUGACUUCUGCUUGGGAGACCAGGACGCCAACAGGAAAACGGGGCAGGCAGAGGAGCUGGUGUCCUGCUCCGACUGCGGUCGCUCUGGUCACCCCACAUGUCUGCAGUUCACAGAGAACAUGAUGCAGGCGGUCAGGACGUAUCAGUGGCAGUGCAUCGAGUGCAAGUCCUGCAGUCUGUGCGGAACCUCAGAGAACGAUGACCAGUUGCUGUUCUGCGAUGACUGCGAUCGGGGAUAUCACAUGUACUGCCUGAAGCCUCCGAUGACCCAACCUCCUGAAGGGAGCUGGAGCUGUCACCUUUGUCUGGACCUGUUAAAAGACAAGGCCUCGGCUAACAUAGAAGCAUAAUAGAAGCCAUCGGAUUAUUCACAUGCACACAGCACCAUGGAAAAGCAUUGCUGCCCCUUCAGAGACCCCUUUAGAAAACCUUGAAAAGUGUUGCAUGCCCCAAAUCCAAACUUUAGUUUGACUCUUUUCACUUUUUGGUUAGCCAAGUCCACACUCAAGUCUUUUGAUGACAACGUUCAUCUGUGGCAGCUUCUGGUGGCUUUUCUAUUAACAAAUUUAACAUCCUCGCCUCUAGGUGGGCAGCCCUCAGCACCGCCCAUUGCCGACUGGUUAUGUUUUUGUGACCUUUUUCUGUCUUGACCGUACUGAUAUUUAAAAAGUAGAUAACCUUCGAAGGAGAAUCUGCUGCACUGGAUUUUAUUUAGCAAUAUCAAAGUAAAGGGUGUUCGAUAAUGCAAAUGCAUUCCACGCAAUACAAACUUUUAUUUGGAAAAUUAAACACAUUUGCUUUUCCUCCCGCUGCAAUUAUGCACUACUUUGUGUUAGCCAAUCAAAAACAAACCAACAAACAAAAACUUUAAAUGAGGCCAGUACUUUAGCCUAAUUUAUCCUUAUCCUUUGGCCUGAUGUGGAAACUUUUAUGCCAUUUUUUGCCAAGCACGGUACACAAUCAGUGUUUGUACAUACUCUUUGCAGUUUGGUGGAACCACACACGUGGAGCAAACUUUCUAGACAGAAUUUAAAACCCACACAGAGAAUCGCAAACAGCUCUUGAAACCCCCCCUCAUGGACAUAUUCCAGUACAUUAGCAGCUUCCUGUUUAAGAAGACAAAACCUUUCACCUCUCAUGUAGCCAAGCAACACUCAACAGAUGCACAUGUCAUCAGCGUGCAACCUCGACCGCAGGUCAGCGAACAGCAGGUCUACCGUUCAAGCACAUCUCUACCUCACCACCCAGUGGACGUCAAGGAGCCAAGGCAGAACCGAUAACCCGCUGUUGUUUUUCGCUUUACUUAGGUGUUAGUGUUUAGAGGGUGUCUGCUAUGGCAUAUCACUUCUUUUCCUCUGCUGCUCUGGGGUCUCCAGCCAGGAGAAAGCUGAGUUAGUUUGACUGAUUUCUGUUUAAAGUGCUCCCUCCAGCUCCGCUCCGAUGUUUAGACUCUGCAGUGACGUUUCUGGCUAAUAUCUGGGAAGACUCUACGCUGGUCUUCCCAGUUUUUCACCGUGUCGUGUCAAACCUUGGAAAUUUACGUCCAGAGCCGAAAGGAAAUGAAGGGAUUGAAAACUCUUUGAGUAUCGUUUGUUUUUUUUGUUUUUUUGUAAUCAACGUCUGUCUUCUGUAUCCUUAGAGUUAGUGUUAUUUCUGGUGCUCAGCAAACAGAUAAUUUCACCUUUCUUUAUCAUUAUUUAUAUAUUGCUGAUAAUCGCUAAGUCAUGCUGUCAAUGACCUCAUUUACUCUAAAUCCCGGAUUCCCAAACUUCUACUGUUCCCAUCUCAACAAAAUACUAUUUAUAGCACGACUGCAUCAUCUUUUACAGAUAAAUUAUACCAUUUUCUCAAUUUACAAAAAAAAACAUUUCUUAGAUUAUGUCCAAAGCAUAAAUAAGUUAAGACAAACAAAUUGUAAAUAUGACUCAUCCGCUGUGUCAUCACUAAGCUAAAGCUUCACUCUGUCAAAUCGUUUAAUUUUACACUUAAUGCUGGAUUCUGAUAAGCACAAAGAUGACGCCUCCUUAAUUAACGCUAAUUCCCAAUUUUUAUGGUGGGAACCGUAGCGAUAUGGCGAAGUUCUGGAAAAAUGUGUUCUUCUAUAAACUCUCAUAGCAACUGAGAUUUAGGCAAGACUUCUAGGUUAAAAGGAGCAAAAGCUGCUGAAAUGUGCAGCUUACAAAACAAAACCCUCAGGCAAAGAUGAAUAGAAAUUAUUCAACUCUACACAUUUAUCUUUUCUUCUUCUUUUUAGCCGAAGUAGAAACUCAUGCGGGAAGUUUGGAAAAGAAUAAUCUUGACUUUGGAUAUAUUCAGUCAGAAAAAAGACAUUAAGAAAUCAUUCUUGUUGACACAAUCAUUGGUGCCACAAUAAUUGGUAUGUCUGUUAUUAGUUUUAUUUUUGUUAUUUUUCACUUAGAAAACUGAAGGCAGCUACAGACAAUGGUUGCUUUAAGCAUUUCUGGGUUUAUUUGUCUACUAUUUAUAUCAUAUUCUCAAUGAAUAUUGAGUUGAGUUUCAGUUCAGACAGAGUCAACCAGAUUUUUUUCUAUAAUAAUCAGGGAAUGAGAGAAUCAGGCCCACAACAUCACAGAUCUUCCACUUUAAUAUAUAUAUUUUUUAAGUGGAAGUAAAAAUAAAAAGUAGUUCCCAAGAAAUUACUUAUGUAUUUGGUUACACGGCUGCUUAAGUACUGUGUAACUGAUCAUGACAAAUUAUGACAAAAGAAACACAUUUCCAAAUCAUGUUUUUAAAUAUAGAACUUAUUAAGCUAAUGUUUACAGUACAAAGUGUAUAUACUUGUAAGUACUUCCAGUGACAAUAGUGUUUACUGUAUCUAUUUUGACCUACAAAGACAGAAAAUAGCGUUAAAACAAAGCUUUUGUACAAACAAGAGGUAUCACUUCGACAUAAACCCUAGGUUUGUGUCUGUGUCUCACACGUUCUUGGUUGACAUGUUUGUUCUUUAUUCUGUGAAGUUACUCACACUGGGUAGAGUAUGCAGAAAUUUUACUCAAGUAAGAAUAGUGAUACUUCAUAUUAAGCAGAAGUAAAAAGUAUGGCAUAGUAAAACUACUCCUAAAAUUAAUUGUUUUAAAAAUGUUCCUCAAGUAAACAUAACUAGUUCUUACCCACCUCUGUGGAUUACUGGAUUUGCUUUGAUGUGGGAUUUCCUCUCCUGCUAAACAAAUAGACUCAAAUUUCCAUCUUUGUUAAUAUUAUAUUAUCUGAGACGAUGCCAAGAUAAACGAAAAAUGGAUUUAUGUGAAAAAAUUGCAAACAUCCUAACCAGAGGAUGCUGUGAGUUUGAAGGAAUGUGUGGAUCAAGCAACUAUCUGGAAUAUUUCGCUUUUUAAUUGCAGUCUUCUGUUUAGUAUUUUAAAGACCAAAAUACACAAAUCCAGCAUUUUAACAUGCUCAACAAGACAUGUGCUCAAUACCCACUGCCAAGACAAUGACAUGUUUGUGUGUGAACAGUUAUGUAAGAUGUGACACCUUUAGGAAGUUUAUUUUAUAUCCAUUUUCUGGAUUGUUUUUUAUUUUACUUAUGCCACUGGUUUAAAUUAAUCAAUGUGGAAAUAUACAUUUUAAUCUCAGCCUCUCAAAAAAUAAAAAGUUUCUUCGUAAUGCAUUUCUGUCUGUUUAAAAUAACAACAUUUGCUCUAGUUGUACGUGAAGUGCUUCACUAAACGUUUAAAGCUCUUCAGCCGAAAUUUUGUUUUUAUACUGAGCUAAACUGCUGACGAAGCUAAUGCUUGUCUAAAAAUAAGUCUGUCCAAUAAGCACCAAAAAAGGAAGAAAAAAAUAAGAAAAAAUUAAAUAUUGUAUUUGUGUCUUGUUAUUGUGUGUUUGUUUUUGAUACUGCUUUCCACGGACAAUCAAACUGUAGCAUAGAAUUAGUAUAUUAAUAACAAUGAAAGAUUUCUUAUGGCUAAUAAAAUCUGUGUUUUUUUUUUUUAAGUAAGUCAAUGUGUUCUUUUGUUUAAUAAUUUCACUAAAUGAAAUUUUGUGCAGCAUUUUGUUAAUCUAAAUUGUUGAAUUUGUGUCUGAAUAAAGACUUCUCCAUAACUCCUGUUAGAAAUGUUUUUAGUGGUCAAUGAAGGAUUUUUGUCUGCAUGA